UCUCAGCCCCCCCUCCAACCCUCUAUGCCCCACUCCCCUCCUAGUAUCUGGGACAUCUCACAGAACUCCCUACCCUGGGCCCCAGCCAUUGUCCAAACUUCCUCCCCAGCUCCCCCCCCAGGUAUAAGAGGGACCCGCCCAGCCCCACCUGCACCCUUCAAAUUUCACAGCUCCAGGAACUGCAGCAGUUGUUCUGCCACCACCAAACACCAGGCUGCACCAUGGCCUAUCAGGCGGAGACCGUGCAGCCCGGCCGGGUGCAAACCAGCUACUCCUACGGCACCUCCAGCGCCUGGAGCUCCGGGACGUGCGACUGCUUCGCAGACAUGGGCGUGUGUCUCUGCGGUACCUUUGUGCCCUGCAUCCUGGCCUCCCAGGUGUCCCAGGACUUCGGCGAGUCCUGCCUCCUGCCCUGCCUGCCGGGCACCCUGCUGGCCCUGCGCACGGGGGUACGGGAACGGUACCACAUCGAGGGCAGUAUCUGCGACGACUGGAUCGUCAUGGCCUGCUGUGGGCCCUGCGGCCUUUGCCAGCUGUCCCGGGAGCUGUCGCACCGGAGAUGAGGGGCCAGGGGACCCCCGGCUCCGGCUAGAGGGCUCUGAACUGUCGCUGCAGCUGGAAGAAAAUCUCUUGCCCCCCCUCCCCUGCCUGGGGAGGAGUACAGGGACAGUGGAGGAGCCCCUGCCCCAGCCCCCAAACCCGCUAAAUAAAUAACCUCCCAAA